UUUUGCUUUUAUGCGAUCACAUGAAUAAUGAGGAAUAAAAGAAAAUAAAAAUCCCAAGGAGAAAAAAACGAACAUGAUCAUAUGAGACAUCGUGGUUAUCUGGCAAACCAAUAAUAUAAAUAACACACGCAACUUACACCCCUCUCACUCAACCUUCUCCACCCUUCCAUCCAUAUCCACACACAACAUCAUGAGCUGGUGGUGGGCCGGAGCAAUUGGCGCAGCAAAGAAAAAACUAGAUGUUGAUGACGCCCCACCCAAAUACCAAAGUGUCGCCCUUAUCGUAGGAGUUACCGGCAUCGUCGGCAACAGUUUAGCCGAAAUCCUGCCGCUAUCCGACACCCCGGGCGGCCCAUGGAAGGUGUACGGCGUCGCACGCCGCCCGCGUCCCCAGUGGAACGCGGACCACCCGAUCGAAUACAUCCAGUGCGACAUCUCAGAUCCAGAUGACACACAUAUAAAACUUGGUGAGGUAAAGGAUGUUACACAUCUGUUUUAUGUGACUUGGGCCAACAGAUCCACUGAAUCUGAGAACUGUGAAAUCAAUGGUAAAAUGUUUAAGAAUGUUCUAGAUGUAGUGGUUAAGAAUUCCCCCAGUUUGCAACACGUGUCGUUGCAAACUGGGAGAAAACAUUAUUUAGGUCCUUUUGAGUUGUACGGAAAAGUGGCGCAUGAUCCGCCUUUUCACGAGGAUCUACCUAGGCUAGACGUGCCUAACUUUUAUUAUACCCAGGAGGACAUUCUGUUCAGCACAAUUGAACAGAAUGAAAAGUUGACCUGGUCUGUUCACAGACCAGGUACAAUAUUUGGCUUUUCGCCGUACAGUUUGAUGAACAUAAUUGGUACUCUAUGUGUUUACGCGACAAUUUGUAAACACGAAGGGGUGCCAUUUAAGUUUCCUGGGACGAAGGAAGCGUGGGAGUAUUACUCGGAUUGUUCUGACGCUGAUUUGAUAGCGGAACAACAUAUUUGGGCUGCGGUUGAUCCUUACGCGAAGAAUGAGGCGUUUAAUAUUAGUAAUGGGGAUGUGUUUAAGUGGAAGCAUUUUUGGAAGGUGUUGGCGGAGCAGUUUGAGGUUGAGGAUGGCGGGUUCGAUGAGGGUGCGGGGAAGAUGAGUAUGGUGGAGAUGAUGAAGGAUAAGGCGGGUGUUUGGGAUGAGAUCGUGAGGGAGAAGGGGCUUGCGGUUACUAAGUUGGAUGAGGUUGCGGUGUGGUGGUUUGUUGAUGUGAUUCUUGGUGGUGAGUGUAUGUUGGAUACAAUGAACAAGAGCAAAGAGCAUGGGUUUUUGGGGUUUAGGAAUACUAAAUCUAGUUUGAUUUCUUGGAUUGAUAAGAUGAAAGGGUACAAGAUUGUUCCUUAGGUUUGAGGUUUGAAGUUUGAAGUUGUUGCAUGAUGUUUUAUUAUAUCUGUGUAUGAAAGAAGAAAUAAGUGUGUUUUAUAAUUUGGGUUAAUAAAGAUAAGAAGUUGGUUGUAUGAUGGAUGCAUUACUUUUUGUUAUCUUAAGUUAAUAAUGGAUGGAUUACUUUAGAA